CACCCUCAACUACUGGAAAAAUGCUGGCUGCGCAUCUGGCUUCGUCAUCCCCUUGGAGCCUGACUAUGGUGGACUGUGCUGGCUGUGAUACCUACCAAGUUCAAGGAGAGGUCCUGGCAGUCCACCAAAAGGCCCUGCUUUAGGAGCCUGCAUUGCCUAGCAUUGGAGCCAUGCUGACAUGGUCCUCUGAGGACUUGGCUACAACCCCAUUGCCCCCAGGGUGGCCCGGAGCCCUGGACUGUAAGAGCAGCUUGACGGAGGAGCUCCCCGGCUGAGGCCCAGGAGGGUGGCGGAGUAAAGGAGGAAUGGACUGUGGGCCACCUGCAACCCUCCAGCCUCACCUGGCUGGACCACCUGGCACCGUCCGUCGCCCAGUAGCCGUGUGCCAGCAGGAGAGUCUGUCCUUUGUGGAGCUGCCCAGCCUGCAACCUCCAAGCCCAGUGUGUGUGGACCUCUUUCCCAUUGCUCCGGAGGAACUACAAGCUCCUGGUAGCCGCUGGUCCCUGGCGACCCCUGCCCCUCUCCAAGGACUGUUAUGGCCGGCGUCCCCAAGAGGCCCAGAUACCCAUAUCUCCUCCAGUGGAGGAAUGAGGCCCAGCAGGGCUGGCAGCUGGCCUCACUGUCCUGGUGCCCAGCCCCCAACUCUGGUGGGACCCUGGAGCUCUCAGGAUAUGCAGCCCCAACGCAGGGCCAGCCACGGUGGCUCAGAGAAGUCAGCCUGGCGCAAGAUGCAGGUGUAUCAUAACGAAGAGGCCACCGGCGGCACCGAGACGCCCACGGGCCUUCUGGAUACUGGUCAGACUGCGCAAGAGCAGGCUCUGUGUGCCCAAGAGCCUCGGCCACAGGAGCUUCCUGGGAACACCAGAGGGGGCCUUGAGGGACAAGAGCGAAGGCGGUUCUCGGCCUCAGAGCUGAUGACUAGACUGCAUUCCUCUCUGCGCUUAGGGCGCAGCACGGCCACGAGGGCUCUGACCUCGGGCUCAGGUGCUGGAGUCAUCCGGGAAGGGAAACUGCCCGCAAGGGAAUCCCGAAGAGCCGAGACGAGAAUGGACAGCGUGUCGUUGCCAGCACCCGUCGAUCUAAAUGACGUCCACGGUGGUCUGGUGGAGCCCAGGCUGGACACGCACGAAACGUCGACUCAGGAUCCCAGCAACGCCACUGAGCGGCGCCAGUCUCGCUUCCUCCUUAAUUCUGUCCUCUACCAGGAGUACAGCGACGUGGCCAGCGCGCGCGAGUUGCGGCGGCAGCAACGCGAGGAGGAGGGCCCCGGGGACGGGGCGGAGGGCGCGGAGGAGGGGCCCGGGCCACCGCGCGCCAACCUCUCCCCGAGCAGCUCCUUCCGCGCGCAGCGCUCGACGCGAGGCUCCACCUUCUCGCUGUGGCAGGACAUCCCCGACGUGCGCGGCAGCGGCGUCCUGGCCACGCUGAGCCUGCGCGACUGCAAACUGCAGGAGGCCAAAUUUGAGCUGAUUACCUCGGAGGCCUCCUACAUCCAUAGCCUGUCGGUGGCCGUGGAUCACUUCUUAGGUUCCGUGGAGCUGAGCGAGUGUCUGGGGACUCAGGACAAGCAGUGGUUAUUUUCCAAACUGCCCGAGGUCAAGAGCACCAGUGAGAGGUUCCUUCACGACCUGGAACAGCGGCUAGAGGCGGACGUGCUACGCUUCAGCGUGUGCGAUGUGGUUCUGCACCAUUGCCCGGCAUUCCGCCGGGUCUACCUGCCCUAUGUCACCAACCAGGCCUAUCAGGAGCGCACCUACCAGCGCCUGCUCCUAGAGAAUCCCAAGUUCCCCGGCAUCCUGGCUCGCCUAGAGGAGUCUCCUGUGUGCCAGCGGCUGCCUCUCACCUCCUUCCUCAUCCUACCCUUCCAGAGGGUCACCCGCCUCAAGAUGUUGGUGGAGAACAUCUUGAAGCGGACGGCACCGGGCUCCCAGGAUGAGGACAUGGCCACCCAGGCCUUCAGUGCACUAAAGGAGUUGGUGCAAGAAUGUAACGCCAGCGUGCAGUCCAUGAAGCGGACGGAGGAGCUUAUUCACCUGAGCAAGAAGAUCCACUUUGAGGGCAAGAUCUUUCCGCUGAUCUCACAGGCCCGCUGGCUGGUGCGGCACGGGGAGCUGGUAGAGUUGGCCCCCCUGCCCGCCGCACCACCAGCCAAACUGAAGCUGUCCAGCAAGGCCGUCUACCUUCACCUCUUCAAUGACUGCCUGCUGCUGUCCCGGAGGAAGGAGCUCGGGAAGUUUGCCGUUUUUGUCCAUGCCAACAUGGCUGAGCUACAGGUUCGAGACCUCAGUCUGAAGCUCCAGGGCAUCCCGGGCCAUGUGUUCCUGCUCAGGCUUCUGCACGGGCAGCGUGCCAGGCACCAGCUGCUGCUGAGAGCACGGACUGAAAGCGAGAAGCAACGGUGGAUUUCAGCCUUGCGUCCAUCCAGCCCCCAGGAGGACAAGGAGAUCACAUGUGAUGGGGAAGACCGCCCCCAGGUCCAGUGUGUGAGGACUUACAAGGCCCUGCAACCCGACGAACUCACCUUGGAGAAGACAGACAUCCUGGCAGUGAAGACCAGGACCAGCGAUGGCUGGCUGGAGGGCGUGCGUCUGGCCGAUGGCGAGAAGGGGUGGGUGCCUCAGGCCCAUGUGGAAGAGAUCAGCAGCCUCAGUGCUCGACUGCGCAACCUCCGAGAGUACAAGAGGGUCUCCAAUGCCAGCAGCAAGCUGGGGGACCAGCCUGCCUGAUACUCGUCUGGGGCCCAGCUGGGGCCUCUCUGGUGCUGGUGGGCUUCUGUCUGUCUGAAGGCUGCCUUCGCAGGCACUGGGUGGUGAUCGUCCUGUAAAUUUGCUCAGGCUGCCUCUGCUCACAGUCUGAGCUGGGGCCUUUGCACGGGCUGCCCCAUCAGGAGGGUGCUGGCUGUUCCUGCUGUCACUAGUCUCCAGGUGUCCCGAGGGCAGAGGGGCUGCCUCACUCAAACUGCUUGCUACUCUCCCUUCCAAGUAGCAAAGUGUCAGAUCCAAGCAGGCUUGAAUAUUAAAGUGACUCCGUGAGUUUUUGUAGUUGCC